AUGGCUUUGAAAUUACUCCUUUUGCUAUCACUUUUAUUGCUAUUUUCCACUGCCGCAUAUUCCCAGCGGCAGCCCAUCUUAAGCACUAGUUAUUACCAGAAAAAAUGUCCAAGAUUUGAGCAAAUAAUGCAAGACACCACCACAAACAAGCAGAUCACCUCCCCCACCACCGCAGCCGCCACCCUCCGCCUCUUCUUUCACGACUGCUUCAUGGGUGGCUGUGACGCCUCUGUCCUCAUCUCUUCCACCCCCUUCAACAAGGCCGAACGCGACGCUGACAUCAACCUCUCCCUCCCGGGCGACGGCUUUGACGUGGUGGUACGGGCCAAGACCGCCCUUGAACUCGCUUGCCCCGGCAUCGUUUCCUGCGCAGAUAUUCUCGCCGUCGCGGCCCGAAAUCUAGUCCUAAUGAUGGGCGGCCCGUAUUACACUGUAAAACUAGGCCGCAAAGAUUCUCUGAUUUCGAAAGCUUCCUACGUAGAAGGGAACUUACCAAGACCCAGAAUGCCGAUGAAUCAAAUAGUCCAGAUUUUCACCUCCAGAGGAUUUUCCAUUCAAGAAAUGGUUGCUUUAUCAGGUGCCCACACCAUUGGAUUUUCACACUGCAAAGAAUUCAGCUCCAUUCUUUACAACUACAGCAGAAAUGCACAAUCAGACCCAGCUUACAAUCCCAGAUUUGCUCAGGCACUGAGAAAUGCUUGUGCAGAUUACAACAAAAACCCAACACUUUCAGUGUUCAACGACGUAAUGAGUCCGAAUAAAUUCGACAACAUUUAUUACCAGAACGUGCAGAAAGGUUUAGGCAUUCUUUCUUCGGACCACGCAUUGAAUUCGGAUCCAAGAACUAAAGGGUAUGUGGAACUGUAUGCUAAGAAUCAGAACGCAUUUUUUGUGGCAUUUGCAAGAGCAAUGGAGAAGUUGAGUGUGUACGGGGUCAAGACCGGAAGAAAGGGGGAGAUUAGGCGCAGAUGUGACGCGUUUAAUAACUGA